GCGUUUUUCACUAUGCUGAGCCUCUUUUCUUGCCAUCCGCAACUCCAGCGAUAUUUAUGGGAAUACUAACUUACCCCACCCGAGGACCGUUUUUGCAAUGCCAUCCCCUUUCCAGAGCAAUGUGGGAUGUGUCGAAUUUACAAGUUGGAUUCUUCAGUAACUAGCCGACUUUAAAAGGGCUGUUCAGAAUACCCAUUUAUUAUGGAUUCGAAUUAUCCCCCAUUACCUACUACGGGAGGGCUAGGGAGCUCUUUCCAGGCCCUGUCUCUCCACCAUAUACCUCCCAAAACUGUAUCUGUUACCCCGAGUUCUUAUGAGCCAGGACAGCAACCAGGAAAUGGCGAAUCUCCAGAAGAUCCCCAACACGCUGCAAAAGUCAUAUCGGGAAAUGGGGACGUGAUUAUCGACUACACCGAUCGGGAUGUUGUUUCCUCUUCGUCGUCGAAGACGGCUAGCCAUCGUUGGCAGGUCGCCAGUGGUGAUUUGAUGCAGAAUAGCCCUUAUUUCCGGGCUUUGCUUGAUCCCAACAAGUUCUCUGAAGGUAGGGAUUUCAUGAAGCAGAAGGCUGUGCAAAAAAGCCACAAGCCAGCUCCGAAUGGCCAAGAUGCGAAUGAAAAUAUUAUCUUGCAGAGUGCCCUUCCAACCGUCAGCCUUCCUGCAGACCAAUUUACGCGGAGGCUGGGAGUAGAUGCCCUUGAACUGUUUUUGAGGGUUUUAUCUUCGAACUCCUUGGGCAAUGGGGAGGAAAGAAUCAAUUUCGAAGGGGAAUUGAAAUCCCAGCCUCCAUCUCUGAUUGCCCGGUUGGUCGAGAUUGCGGAUGUCUUUAAUUCCCCAAAUGCAGUCCGAGAAAUCUUGAAAAAAUCAGGCUAUGCCUUUGGGAAGGGAAAAACCCCGGUCACCAAAUUCAAUCCUUCGUUGUUGAAGUUGAAUGAGGAUCGUAUUCGUCAGAUCAUGUUCAUCGCGCACUUCCUCGACGAUCAAGUCGUCUUUCAGGUCUUUUCACAUACCUUGAUCGUCGUUGGGUCGAAAUACUGGCUCAAUAGCGUUGAACCUCCUGCUCCAGAUACCCUUCGUUGGCGGUACUUUUCCAAUGGAAUCGAAGAGGAAUUAUACUACAGACGACAAUGCGUCCUAAACACAAUAACAGACCUACAAGCAUAUUUUCUUCGAGCCUACGGCGCCCUCGAAGAACUCGACGAUCCCAAACCAACCACCGCCCCGGCACCUGUCACAUUCACAACCACCAUCCGACCCCGUACAUACCAAUGUCGUUUUGGAUACGGCAAUUCCAGCGCCUGCGACGCUUUCCACCUAGGCCAAAUGACCCGGUUCUUCGCUCUACGCACCAAAACCAUAUUCUUCGGGUCUACCCUCAUCGAUCCUGACUUCAGCCUGGAUUCCGACGAAGAAGAAGACCAAGAUGACUACGACGCAAAUGAUAACGCCAACGCCGCAGCGGGGCGCCCCCAGUCCGGCCCAUCAUCCGACAUCACAGCCCUCCUUGCGUCCCUCAAACAAUGUCCCGACUACCAGAUCGACUCAAGCCACCUUGGAUGCGGUGUACGGCGCCGCUUCGUCCCCCCACUGGAUUGUAUUGAGCGAUUCGUGGGCGAUGGUAGAGGUUUACUCGGUAUUGUCCUUCGACUUUGGGAUAGGAAAUCGCCACUUACUUCCUCCUCCUGGGCGAAUCGGUCACUCCGAAGGGCUCGCGCGGUUGAUGUCCGUUUCUCCAAAAUCAAUGCAAUCCACUAUACCACACCGGGGCCAUUACGUUCUAGUUCGCAGGAAGAAGAUGCCCGGCUGUUUUUUACCGCGAAGAAACGGAACUGGGAAUCCUAGGUGCUGCUUCCGGUUUAUUUUCUGCGCUGAUUACAAUGUUACGACGUCAUUUACUGGAUACGACGAAAACAUGAUGAAUAAAAAUUAUAGACGUUUUGGUUAAAAGGAUUUUGACUUCUUUUUGAAUAACGUUGUAUAGGGUUAGAGUGAUGUUUAGUUGAGUAUAUAUCAAAAUAUAGAGCAUAAAAAUGAUAACGAUAUGAAAUCAAUGAGUCAUUGCC